GGCUUCCAACAGUAUUCCCAAACCCCUCUCUGUUCCCAUAGCAUUCAGGUUCUUGAUGUGACUCAACAUCAAUUACAGCAGAGGUUUAUCCCAGGCCAAGCAAGCUCUGAUUUGUGACUCCUGUGCGUUGUCAUCCUCGUUCCUGGUGGUCGGCGUGAAGUCAGCAGUGCUCAGGGCUGCUCCUGUGGGUUUUCCCAGACCUGUGAUGAGUUCAGCUCCGUGGUCAAGCUGACAGCUGAGUUCCAGUACCUUGAGCACGUCCAGCAGUGCUGGCUCAGUCCGUGGAAGGAAGUCAGAGAGGCUCCAGCUGGAUGGAUAACUAGCAGCCGGCGUCCCGCUGCCCGACGGAGAUAAGGGGCUGGUCAAAACCAGGGGAAUUUUUAGACUCUCUCCCAAGUGUUGCCUGUCUUUUGUUUGGCACAGGACUUGUCAUGUCUCCCUUCCUGCGUAUUGGUUUGUCCAACUACGACAGUGGCCCUUACCUGCCGUCCCAGGGGGAGGUGAUUAACCCCUACUGUGCCGUGAUGGUUAAAGAAGCCGUGGAGUCAGAGAAUGGCCAAGUGUAUGUGCAGAAGAAGCCCACCAUGUACCCACCCUGGAACAGCACUUUUGAUGCCCACAUCAACAAUGGCCGGGUCAUGCACAUCGUGGUCAAGGACAAAAGUGCUGAAAUGGUCUCGGAGACGACGGUGGAGCUGAAGGUGCUGGCAGAGAGGUGCAAAAAGAGCAAUGGGAAGACAGAGAUAUGGCUAGAACUGAAGCCUCAAGGGCGAAUGCUGAUGAAUGCGAGAUACUUCCUGGAAAUAAGUGAUGCAAAGGACCUGGCUGACUGUGAGACUGAAGGCUUCUUCUCCUUGCACCAGCGCAGGGGAGCCAUCAAACAGGCCAAAAUCCACAACGUCAAGUGCCACGAGUUCACAGCCACCUUCUUUCCACAGCCCACCUUCUGCUCUGUGUGCCACGAGUUUGUGUGGGGUCUGAAUAAGCAAGGCUAUCAAUGCAGACAAUGUAACGCUGCCAUUCAUAAGAAGUGCAUUGAUAAAGUAAUAGCCAAGUGUACAGGAUCAGCAAUCAACAGCAGAGAAACUAUGUUCCACAAGGAGAGGUUCAAGAUCGACAUGCCCCACCGCUUCAAAGUGUACAACUACAAGAGCCCCACCUUCUGUGAGCACUGUGGCACUCUCCUCUGGGGCCUGGCACGGCAGGGGCUGAAGUGUGACGAGUGUGGCAUGAACGUCCACCACAAGUGCCAGGCAAAAGUAGCAAAUCUUUGUGGAGUGAAUCAGAAACUGAUGGCUGAAGCUCUGGCAAUGAUAGAGAGCACUCAGCAGGCUCGCUGCCAGCGCGACAGUGAACAGAUCUCCAGGGAUGGACCUCUGGAAAUCGGCUUCCCUGUUCCUGUGAAGGAUGUGACACCACUUCAGGCCUUGCCAGGAUCAGGGAAAAAAGAGCCACAAGGCAUCUCCUGGGAGACUCCAGUGGAGGGCACAGUGAAGGGAGAGUCUCUCAUAGAGUCAGAUUUGGGAGAACAGUCCCAGGAACAGCAGGAGCACCAAGUGCAGUUAAAACUGACCAUUGAAGAUUUUGUCCUGCACAAGAUGCUGGGGAAGGGCAGUUUUGGUAAGGUGUUCCUGGCCGAGCUGAAGAGCACAGACCAGUAUUUUGCUGUGAAAGCCCUGAAGAAGGAUGUGGUGCUGAUGGAUGAUGACGUUGAGUGUACGAUGGUGGAGAAGAGAGUCCUCUCCUUGGCUUGGGAGCACCCAUUCCUUACUCAUGUCUUCUGCACGUUCCAGACCAAGGAAAACCUCUUUUUUGUGAUGGAAUACCUCAAUGGAGGAGACCUCAUGUUCCACAUCCAGAGCUGCCAUAAGUUCGACCUUCCCAGAGCAACGUUUUAUGCUGCUGAAAUAAUUUGUGGGCUCCAGUUCCUCCAUUCCAAGGGCAUAAUAUACAGAGACUUGAAGCUGGACAAUGUCCUCCUGGACAAUGAGGGGCACAUCAAAAUUGCUGACUUCGGGAUGUGCAAGGAGAACAUGUUUGGAGAUGCAAAGACAAGCACUUUCUGUGGGACUCCUGACUAUAUUGCCCCCGAGAUACUGCUGGGGCAGAAGUACAACACCUCCGUGGACUGGUGGUCCUUUGGUGUCCUGCUGUAUGAGAUGCUCAUUGGCCAAUCCCCUUUCCAUGGCCAAGAUGAGGAGGAGCUUUUCCAGUCCAUCCGUAUGGACAACCCCUUCUACCCUCGCUGGCUGGACAAGGAUGCAAAGGACAUUUUGGUGAAGCUUUUUGUAAGAGAGCCUGAGAGGAGACUGGGAGCGAGAGGGAACAUCCGCCAGCACGCCUUUUUCCGGGAAAUCAACUGGGAAGCUUUAGAAGAGAGAAGGAUGGAGCCUCCUUUCAAACCAAGAGUGAAAUCUCCAAGUGACUGUAGCAACUUCGACAAGGAAUUCCUAAAUGAAAAACCCAGACUGUCCUGUGCUGACAGAGCACUGAUUAACAGCAUGGACCAAAAUAUGUUCAGCAACUUCUCUUUUGUGAACCCUAAAAUGGAGAAAAUAUUUUCCUGAGAUCUGCCUUACUGAAGGAAUUCUCUGUAAUGAUUUGAGUAGCACUUUGUCAGCUGAAGACUGUGCAUGGUUGUUUUUUAUCAAGACCCCUCAAGAAAGAAAACACCUCAGUGAAAGUUUGUACCAUGCCUGGAGGCUUCUGACCUUUUCCAGUCCAUAGCAGAUGCCAGCCCACACUUCAUUGAUGAUAAAAUUUCUUUGUGGUA